AUGGAUACUAAGUUCUGCUACUACAACAACUACAACGCAUCGCAGCCGCGCCACUUCUGCAAGGGCUGCCAGCGCUACUGGACCGCCGGCGGAACGCUCCGCAACGUCCCCGUCGGCUCCGGCCGCCGGAAGGGCAAGAUUCCUGCGGGCGCCGCCACCGCCACCGCCGUUGCCGGCUCCCCGGGGAAUCAACAGCCGACGGCCGGUCUCCCGCCGGCCGGUGGGGCUGUUUCCGGCCCAUUUGGCUUCUGUCCGUCAAUUGGUCGCAGCUGUAGCCCAGACGGCAGCAGCGUCACUGGAUUAACCGGAUUGACUGGAUUGACCGGCGGAAUGGCGAGUCCGGGGGCAGAAGUGCUGAGUAUGAGCUCCCCCGCCGUUGCUGCCGCAGCCGCUGCCGCCGCAAUGGCCGCCGCGUCUGCCGCCGCAGCCGUCGCGGGGUCUUCUCGGUGGGGCAUGGAUCCCGCUGUUGCUGCGACGGACGCGGGUUCGAAUCCGUUCGCUGCCGCCUUACCACACGGCCAGUUUGUGCCGUCUAAUCUGCCGACGCAUCUGCCGGCGCAUCUGCCGGCGCACUUGCCUCCGCACAUGGCGGUCGACAGCAGCGCCGCUCUCCGCCAAAUGGCGCCUUCCGCGUUCGGCGGUUUGGCGCGUGGAAGCCCGUCCGCCUUCUGCCCCUCGACAACAGCUGCACCAAGUAGCGCUCCUGGCGCGAGCGUGAGCGUGAGCGCAGGCCCUUCCGCUCAUGCUCCGUUCCCCAUCUCCGCGCCCGUGCCUUCCGCCUGGUCCCCGUACAUGGGGCCAUACCCUCCCGCAUUCGCCCCUCUUCAUCCCAUGUCCGCGCAGCAUCCGCUGGUGCUCCCCCCUUCGCUCCGCCUUUCAACGUGCCUGCCUUUCCACCUGGAGCGCUUGCUCCCUGGUCCUCCGCGGGUUUGCCCAUCCGCCACUCCCCCACCCCGCGCAGCUUCCGCCGCACCCGUCCAUGGACCUUUCCCGCCCAUCGGAAGUGAAUUUCCCCGCGUCCGCGCAGUCGAGUGUGAAGAGGGGGAGGGAGGUCGAGGGGAAUGCGAGCGGGGCUGA